AUGGUGGAAAUUUAGAGAAGAGAACAAGUAAGUUUAAAGUUUUAUGCCUUGCUUGGCAAUCCUUAAGCAAGCUAAAGUGCAAAUCAUCUGGAGAAAAAGAAGAAGAAAAAAGUUGGAACAUUGUUAAGAGGCAUGAAGAGAGAGAAAGAAAGAGAGAUUUAUAGUGAUAUUUCCUAAAACCCCAAACCAAAACACAUAGCUGUCAUUUUUGCCUCAAGGUGAAUGCCAUGUGGGCGUCAUGUCGUUGUCCCUGCCCUUUCCUCUACAUGCUUUCUUUUAUAUAUCUCUUCUUUUCUCUCUCUUGCAUCUUUGGUCUGAUCGGAAAUUCUGUAUCAGAUUAGAUCAGAUCACCUUACCUUUUUUUUGGAUAAGAGUUCUGCAUAAAGACCCAACUUUUAUUUCUAGGGAACACAAACGAAAGGAACUUUUUUUCUUUUUUUCUUUUUUUAGUGGUGGAAUGAUCUCAAAGUUUUGAAUUUGAAGCUGGUUUAGAGGUUGAAGAAAAGGGUAAAAAAAAUGGGGGGUUUUUUUUUCUUUGGAAGAAAUGAAGACCAAAGUUUGGAAUUUUACAGAGGAAUAAUUUGAAAGUUUGGGUUUUUCAAAUCUACUUUCUAGGGGAAAGGAGAAAAAAAAAAGUGAAGAAGCUUAUUUAGAAAAGAUCAAAGCAAGAAUUUCCCAAAAAUGGCGACGCUUGUGGAGCCACCAAAUGGAGUGAAGCCAAAAGGAAAGCAUUACUAUUCAAUGUGGCAAACCCUUUUCGAGAUCGACACCAAAUAUGUUCCAAUCAAGCCUAUAGGAAGAGGUGCAUACGGCAUAGUUUGCUCUGCAAUCAACAGGGAAACCAACGAGAAAGUGGCUAUAAAGAAGAUCAACAACGUGUUCGAGAACCGUGUUGAUGCUUUGAGAACUUUGAGGGAACUGAAACUUCUCAGACACAUUCGACACGAGAACGUGAUAGCUUUGAAAGAUGUUAUGAUGCCAAUUCAGAGAAUCGGUUUUAAGGAUGUUUAUUUGGUUUAUGAGCUUAUGGACACCGAUUUGCAUCAGAUUAUCAAGUCUCCUCAGCCGCUUUCUAAUGAUCAUUGCAAGUAUUUUAUUUUUCAGUUGCUACGAGGGCUGAAGUACCUCCACUCGGCAAACAUCCUUCACCGAGAUUUGAAGCCCGGGAACCUUCUUGUCAAUGCAAACUGUGACCUGAAGAUAUGUGAUUUUGGGCUGGCUCGAACCAGCAGAGGCAACGAACAAUUCAUGACAGAGUAUGUUGUCACCCGCUGGUACCGUGCACCUGAGCUCCUACUCUGUUGUGAUAAUUAUGGGACCUCCAUUGAUGUUUGGUCGGUAGGAUGCAUCUUUGCGGAGAUUCUUGGUCGGAAACCAAUCUUUCCUGGAACGGAAUGCCUCAACCAGCUUAAGCUGAUUAUCAAUGUUCUCGGAAGUCAACAAGAGGCCGACAUUCAGUUUAUUGAUAAUCCCAAAGCUCGACGGUACAUCAAGUCACUUCCGUACUCUAGGGGCACCCACUUUUCCCUUUUAUACCCACAAGCCGAUCCAUUAGCCAUAGAUUUGUUGCAAAGGAUGCUUGUUUUCGACCCAUCAAAGAGAAUCACCGUCACAGAAGCACUCCUACAUCCAUACCUGUUAGGGCUGUAUGAUCCAAGGUGCAAUCCACCUGCUCAAGUCCCAAUUGAUCUUGAGAUAGAUGAGAACAUGGGAGAAUCGAUGAUCAGGGAGAUGAUGUGGAGUGAAAUGCUUCACUAUCACCCAGAGGCUGUAUCUGCCAAUGCUUAGGUAACAUUGUUUUAGCUAUCCUUGGUUUUCGCUGCUUUGUUGUAAUGUAUUUUCGGAACUGAUAUUUAUCGAUUGAACUCAAUGAACAAUGUUGAGAAUUCUGGUGGUACCCAGAUUUUGUUUUACUUUUAACAUUCUUGUUUAUUAGUUUAUGAUUUGGCUGUAGCGAACUUCGGGUUGUGUAACUUGUAAAUAUUUAUGCUUUUCCGUGGGACUUCUAUAUAAUCUUGUUAUGGAAAAACAAUGGGGAACGCAAUAAACAACAAAUUUGCCUCUUA